AUGCCGACAUAUCUUCUCCAUGGCUUCCGCUGGCCUCGGCCACUGGUGCGCAUCCACAUCAUCAUGCAGAACCUCGACGACGCGGCGCCGGAAUGGCUCGUGGCGCCCGAAACCACCCUUGCCCUGCUGAAGAACUUCCACGAGCUCUACCCGGAGUGCAUGCAACACCUCAACAGCCUGCGCUUCGUCGAGCAAUACGAUCCCAGUACGAUAGCCGCUGCUACCGGCCCCAGCCAGCCCUUUGCGUACGUCGCCGAUCUGGUGGAGGAGGUCAGCCUUGGCUUGGAGAUUGACGAGGUGCGAGGCAAGGGUUUGGCCAACGAGCAGUGGGGGGCCUUGAUGGAGCUUCGAGACAAGAUUGCUCCGGAAGAGAAGGUUGGCUGGUAUAUUGUUGUCUGCGGAGACGAGGAGAGAGUUGCGCGUCCCGUUGCUGCUGCUCCGGAUCGAAAGAGCGAGGUUCCCAGCGAAGCAAGCGGAGCCGCUUCUGCUGCGAGUAUAGCACGUAAUAAGCCUACGGCCACCCCGGCGACAACCAUCGCACAGCCAACUCCGAAAGGCUUCAAGAAGUUUUUUAGAUUCGGUCGGAGCAAGAGUCGAGACCAACUGGCCGACAACAAAGCUACCGGUUCCCAGUCCAAAGCAUCGAUCGCCGCAAGUCAAGAGGAGGCAGAGUCCAGCAGCGGACGUCCUGCGUUGCCGUCUAGCCUUGAUACGGCGCGGAGCGGCGGAAGUUCGAGUACUCCAAGCAUUCCACCCAGUGCGAGCGCCAGCACCCCACCACUGCCGGAUGACAUCGCUGAGCUGCCCGCGAUGACUCCCACCAGCAGCCGUGGUUCCACUCCUCCUCCCGACGAGCUCAACUUCAUUCCCGACUUGGAGAUGGCGACGAAGUACCGGAGGACGUCGCAGAUCCCCGACUAUCGCGCGACCGUCUUCCCGGCAGUUGAACCGAAGUAUGCAAACAUGCCGCCGAUCGAGCCGGAGAAGAAGGUGCCGGUACGGCAGAGUUCGGAUGCUCCUCCAAUUCCACAACGUUCGGAGGGCCGGAAUUCCGCUCGCCGCCACUCCGACCUGUCUUCGUUGCGAAGCACAUCGCCACGAAAUUCGGACGGGUAUAGCGACGGCCGACGCCGCUCAGAUAGCCCCGACCUCAUCGCGCAAGGCCGGCGGGUCAUGAGUAUCCCUAAUAUGCGAAGCGGGACAGUCAGCCCCCUCACCUUCCGUAGCAUCAGUCCCAGCGGACGCAGCGUCGCGAGAAGUUACAGCCCCGUCCGCUCCGGUGCUGUAAGCCCUCUGGUGCAGGACGAGCCGUCACUUACUCGUGCACAACACCGCACAUCCGUGCAGCUUCGCAUGCAACGCCGAUCGCAGAUGACAGCGCUCGUUACGAAGAUCCCGGACGCCACACCCAAUCAGCCCGGGCCGAACCAGGAGACUGCCAACGACGACGAUGAAGAGAUGGACGAAGUCAUCAUGAUGAGUCCAGCGGUGCGCGCCCCGCCGAAACAAUUCUUCCGCCGUUCGGGGACUGCGACGUCCUUCAUGUCAUCUGCGAAUGUCGCGGGGUUGGAUAGUAUUGUGGAGAGCGAUGGCCGGCCGUACUUUGGGCAGGAGGUCAACGAGAAGGAUCUGCUUGCCGUGAAUUUGGAGAAUGCGUUUGAUCAUUUCUGA